GGGGAGGUGCCACACUCCCCUUUGCUGAAAAUUAAGGAUGAGCCAAUAGAUGAAGGCUAUGACAGUGCCCUAAUUCCUCAAUCUGGUAUUGGUCGUGUUAAAGAGGAAUUAGAGAAUGAACUGAAAAUCAGCUCUGUCUUCUCUGUGAGAGGAAAUCAUAGUGAAUCCCAUCCUGCGUCCCAAGCCUCCUCUUUCUCCGACGAGGGCCAGUCCGCUCAGUCCGCUAUUGUAACUCAUUCAGUCCAAUCACAGCAUCAGUCUCAAUCUCUACCACAAGCCCAGUCUCAGCCUCCAAUCCAGAACCUUCCUCCACCACUUCCUCCUGCUCCUCCCCCUCCUCCUGCUUUGACUGUUCGUGUGUCCUGCUCAGGCUGCUCCAAGGUCCUGCAGAAGGGUCAGACUGCUUUCCAGCGAAAAGGCUCCAACCAGCUCUUCUGUUCCACCGUGUGUCUGACGGGGUUCAGCCUCCCCCCACCUGUUGCCAUUGCCCCCAAAAAAACCUGUCACCUCUGUCUCAAGGUGAUUUCAAAUCCGAAGGACUUGAUCAAAGUGCCAGUGGAUUUUGAUUACACUCUGAAAGAGUUCUGCAGCCAGGCUUGUCUAAGCAUCUUCAGAUCCAAGUCUCUGUCAGACCCUCCGUCCAAAGAUCUCACACCUAAAUGCAGUGUGUGCAAGAAGGUCGGCGAGAUUCAGCACGAGGUGAAUCAUCAAGGCAUCAUUCACAGGCUGUGCAGCGAUGACUGUUUCUCUCACUUCCGCCUCUCCAAAAGGCUUAGCAUGAGCUGCUGUGAGGUGUGCAGCAGCUGCAGUGCCUCCGGAAACUACCACUUACUCAAGAUCGAGGAUUCUGUCCGAAAGUUCUGCAGCCCCGCAUGCAUCACCACCUUCAAACAGAAAAGCGGGAAGAAGGCUCCCUGCCCCUACUGUACUUCUUUCAAACCAGUGGAGCAGAUGGUGGAGGGCACAAACUCACAGGGCGUGACUGAGUUCUUCUGCUCCUCCCAAUGUGUGACCAACAGCCAAGCAUCACACUCCCUGACAGGUGCCUCAUUCCCCUGCACAAACUGUCACAUUAAGGCUGUUCCUCAGUACCAUUUGGCUAUGGCUGACGGAUCCAUCCGGAACUUUUGCUCCUAUGACUGUGCGGUGAAAUUCCAGGAGGCGCUAAGCAGGGUUGGAUCCUGUGCCCAGAUGAAUGGUGGCCAUACCGCCCCAGGGGCUCCUCCACUGAACGAUAUCCCUGGCUCCCGUGGAGCGCCACACCCACACCGGACACCACCGCAUCUUCCAUAUAACCUCACUUCGCCCUACACACCAGCUCAGAACCAUGCUCUUAUAACUCCAUAUGUGACCACCUCAAACCAUAAUGCUGCUUUAACCCACAUGUCCGCUCCUGGUGUCCCAGGGCUGGCAAACAUGCACGAGCAACCCCAGCAACAAACAAACUGUCCCCCUUUGGCCCAAAGCACCGUCAGACUCACCUGUAAACAGUGUCAGCAACAGUUCAGCUCCAAGCCAGAGGUCUUCCACUAUAAGAAUCUGCUGGGACUGUUCUGUUCACGAACAUGCUGUGAAAUAUUUAAGAAGAGCAACAACAUCACGGCAGUUUGCGAGUACUGCAGACAUGAAAAGGUGAUCAAAGAUAUCAUCAAAUUUGAACAUCAGCUACGACCCUUCUGCUGUGAGGGCUGCAAGUUACUUUUCAAGCACGACCUCACAAAACGUGACGGGAGUCAUUGUCGGAUAUGUGCCUACUGCACCAACAUGACCGUCAAAACUAUUCAGAACCACUUCGGAGGCAAACUGGAGGAGUUCUGCACAGAGGAGUGCAUGUCCCUGUAUACGGUGCUUUAUUACGAGAUGGCGAAAUGCGAUGGCUGUAAACGACAGGGGGCGCUGUCUGAGGCCCUGAGGUGGGGAGGAACAGUGAAACACUUCUGUAACCUGCAUUGCAUGCUUCAGUUCUGCGUGCUGAGCGCUCCACCCGUUCAGCCAAUGAGCUCCGGCCCGGCCCCUCCCUUCUCAGCAGGUGGCAAUCCUCAGGCUCCACUAUCCAUCUCUAAGGACAUGCCCAGUAUUGGUGGAGUAGUCUCUCUCGCCUCCACCCUUCCAGGCAAUGUUUCUUUUGCAGGAACUCUUCCUACCUCAAAUAGCCAUUCAAAAAUUAUUGGAGAUGCAAGCACACAGACAGAUGCCAUGGUUCCUCCUGCUCCCCAGAGGAGAAUGCUGAAGAACAAGGCUCUGAUGUGCAAACCCAUCAUUCAAGAACAGUCUGUCCAGUGUGACUCUGAGACAUCUAGAAUAGACUUCCACACGGGUGAGCCACAUCCUUCAAAUACGGAAUGACUAGUGGAUGAAAACGGAGAGAAGGUGAAAUACGUACCUGUACCAGUGCCAAUUCCUAUGCCAGUCUACAUUCCAUUGCCCAUGCAUCUGUAUACCCAGUAUACUCCAGUGCCCGUUGGACUCCCACUGCCCGUGCCUGUACCUUUGAUGAUGUCUGCCUCACCAGGCCCCUCAGAGUCCCAGCCCAGGGUUGCCUCUCAGGCCUCUGUGGAUGCUGAGGAGACGGAGAAAGACAAAGACAAGUCUGUGUCCCACGGAGACCAGGGGAGUACAUACAGUGGUGAUGUGGAGUCUGAGGCCAGGUCAACUCCUCAGAGCUGGAUGGAGGACACGGUCACUGUCCAGCAGUCACUCGGAGCCCAGUCUGAACCUGACGCCUCCAGUGCUUCAGCACAUUCCAGUCAGCUCCACCUGGAGGCUGACUUUCCUCGUGAUAAGGAGCACAUGAUGACAAUCAGACUUCAAGAAUGCAGGAGAGGCGAAGACAGCAUCCCUCCCAGGAAAAAGAUUCGAAGGCGUUCAGCAAAAGAUGCGUCACGCAGCGCGAAGCCCCCCUCUGCUCGCUCCAAGCUAAGCCACACGUACGGACUGAAUGCCUGGGUUAGCUGGGUGCGGAGCAGUAAACAGAACACUGCCAGUCAGCUGACCCAACGCGACUGUUCUGUGGAUGUGAAAGAAGACGUGUUGGAGUGCAGCUCAGAAGAACUCCGUUAUGGUCUCUGCCGCUUUGUCAAGGAGGUACGCCGGCCAAACGGACAGUCUUACACCCCCGACAGCGUCUUCUGUCUCUGCCUUGGCAUUCAACAGCAUCUUUUUGAUUGUGGGAGGAUUGAAAAUAUCUUCACAGACUCGUUCUACAGGCCGUUCAUUACGGAGAUCACCCAAAUGCUUAAAGAUUGGGGACAGUCCUUACCCCCGAGCGGGCUCUCACAGUCGCAAAUUCUGGAGGAGCAUUUGUGGCAGUGUAAACAGUUAGGUGCCUAUUCGCCCAUGGUGCUGCUAAACACGCUGCUUUUCUUCUAUGCUAAGCUGCUCAAACUAAGAACCGUGAGUCAGCACCAGCGCCUAGCCUUCUCCAGAAUCACCCGCUGCUGCAGGGUCACCAAGAAUGGGAAGAUCUCUUACCUCCGGAUCAGGGCAGCGGGCCAAUCAGAAACCAAGCCUGUGAGCGAGAGGCUAGCAUUACCUGCUAAAAGAAAGAUGGAAGAAGAUGAGGAAGAGGAUAUGGAGAUGCAGGAGAACACUGAGAAUCCUUUACGCUGUCCUGUCAGACUCUACGAAUUCUACCUCUCAAAAUGCUCAGAUCCUAUGAAGCAGACCCCGCACCUGUUCUACCUACAGCCAGAGCCGUCGUGUUCUGUCAACAGCCCUGUGUGGUUCUCUAGCCAGCCACUAGAGAGCGACAUGCUGGACAGCAUGCUCACGCGCCUCCUCGCAGUGCGAGAGCUCCAUUCGGACUCAGAGCGGCCGCACCAACCGGUCUCCACGGACGACGAGAGCUCUCAGUAAGCACUCAUAAAGAGAGGCGAAACGACAGAGAG